AACCAAUGGGAGGCCAAGAUGUUAUUACCGAAGUCCCCACAGCCCUGAAACGUUUGGCCAAGUACAUGGUGCGUGGCUUCUACGGGGCCGAACACGCACUGGCCCUCGAUGUUUUGAUCCGCUACGCAUGCGUGAAGGAGGACGAUUUGCUGGUGCUCCUCAGGUAUGAGCGCAAACAGCUGCGGACCGUCCUGAACACCCUCAAGGCCGAUAAACUUGUGAAGCUGCGUGUGCGCGUGGAGACAGGCCGCAAUGGGAAGAGCGCGAGGCACAAUUACUACUACAUUAACUACAAGGUGUUGGUGCAUGUGGCGAAGUACAAACUGGAUCACAUGCGCAGGAAGAUUGAGGCAGACGAGCAGCGUUCCACCACUCGAUCGUCCUUCAAGUGUCCUGCCUGCUCAAAUGCGUACACCGACCUGGAAGUGAAUCAGUUGUUUGAUGCUUUCACAGGAACGUUUCGUUGCACCUACUGCAAUACCGAAGUUGAGGAAGAUGUGUCUGCGCUGCCCAGGCGGGAUGCCCAAACUCUGCUGGCCAAAUUCAACCAACAGACGGAGCCCAUCUUUGAGUUGCUCCGCGAAACGGAAGACAUUGUUUUGCCAUAUGACCUCCUUGAGCCCCAGCCUACAGAAAUACCGGAACUAGCAAUAAGCUUGGAUAAGAAUCCAUGUUCAAAAACUGAGCUGCUUCGUUGCCCUGAGAAAUGGGCUGCCAGGAGUUCUGCCAGUAACAUGUAUGUCCAGAACGUUGUUAUCAACAUCCAAAAGUCUGGACUUAAGAAGAAAGCAAUGGUCAAGGCAGUCAAAGGGCAACCUGUAUGGAUGACCCAAAGUACCGCAAAGGGGACCUCUUCAGCUGCGGCUUCUACAAGUGUCAAAAUGCCUAAGGAUGUAACAGACUCCCCCAAGAAACCUUCAAUUAACAAUGAAGAAGUACUAAGGACUCUACUCAUCCACGAGUCAAUCCCCUUCUGUGUGUGGGGGCAGACCCCUUGUUUUGACAAAAAUGGACCGCAGCAGUCAGAAAGUGACACCAGCGAGUCUGAGGAAGAAGCCAAACCAAGCGCGGUCAGCGCCACGGGCAGUGAUCUAGAAAAUGAUCAGGAGCCAAUAGUUCUAAAUCCGACCGUAAUUGUGGCUGGACAGCCACACCUAUACAGUGAAGUGAGUGAAAACCCAGAGCUGGUUUCAUUUAUGACAGAUGAAGAGCGAGAUGCCUACAUUAAAGCUGGGCAGGAGGUGUUCCAAUCUGUCUUUGAGUAAGCACAUGGGUCAGGUUGAUGGCUGACCUAUCAGAUGAACCUCUUUGUGCAAGUGGAUGGUAAUACAGGUAAAAAGGAUAAACCCUACUGUGCUUUUUGUUUAAGAAUGGCAUUUGAGAUGUCAAUUAUAA